CAGCUGCCGCCGGCAUCUCCGGGGCUCCAGGCUACGGGGCGGACGCAGCGUGGAGCGAUCCACAGCGGAGCCGCGCGAGGCCGCCCGAGCCCCGGCCUCCAGCCCCGAGCCCCGAGCGAGCGCAGCCACCGCCUAGCGCCAGCGGGUCCCCGGACGCGCCGCCGCCAGGAAGGCAGCAGGCGCCCAGCAAGUUGGGAGCGCGCCGAUCUGCCCGGGGAAAGUUUCCCCCGCGACUGGGAGUUGGCGCGGGGUCCGGCCGCUGCAGCUGAAAGUGACUCUGGUUUCUCCGAGGAGGGAGGCCUGCCUGGAACAGCCCGCCCUGCCCUGGGAACCUGGGCAGUUUCUCCUGAAGCCACUCUCAGAGAGAGACCUCAAGAGAAUCUUAACAUCCCCGGAAGGAAAAGAUACCUGUUGAAAGAGGUGGGCAUCUCCUGGGCAGCCCUGAGCUUGCAGCGGUAAGAGCUUCUACAUUGUCGUCAGAGCUACUUGAACCCUUGGAAUUUGGCUUCUCGAAACGUGGGCACAGUCCUUUUCCAGACACCAGGCACCCAGGACAAGCUGGGCCAAUAAAAGAAAUACGCGGCAGCCCCUCUGACCGGGAGACUCCGUCCUGCUUACGCCCAGAGGACCGCCCAGGUGGAGCAUCAUGGAAGGCGACUGUCUGAGCUGCAUGAAGUAUCUGAUGUUUGUUUUCAAUUUCUUCAUAUUUCUCGGGGGGGCCUGUCUGCUGGGCCUCGGCAUCUGGGUCAUGGUGGACCCCACGGGCUUCCGAGAGAUCGUGGCUGCCAACCCCUUGCUCAUCACGGGCGCCUACAUCCUCCUGGCCAUGGGGGGCCUGCUCUUUCUGCUCGGCUUCCUGGGCUGCUGCGGGGCCAUCCGGGAGAACAAGUGUCUGCUGCUGUUUUUCUUCCUGUUCAUCCUGAUCAUCUUCUUGGCGGAGCUCUCGGCGGCCAUCCUGGCCUUCCUCUUCAGGGAGAACCUCACCCGUGAAUUCUUCACCAAGGAGCUCACCAAGCAUUAUCAGGGCAACAAUGACACAGACGUCUUCUCCGCCACCUGGAACUCGGUCAUGAUCACAUUUGGUUGCUGCGGGGUCAACGGCCCCGAGGACUUCAAGUUUGCGUCCGUGUUCCGACUCCUGACCCUGGACGGUGACGAGGUGCCCGAGGCCUGCUGCCGGAGGGAGCCCCAGACGCGGGCCGGGGUCCUGCUGAGCAGGGAGGACUGUAUCCUGGGCAGGGACCUGUUCCUGAACAAGCAGGGCUGUUACACGGUGAUCCUCAACGCCUUCGAAACCUACGUCUACCUUGCCGGAGCCCUCGCCAUAGGGGUGCUGGCCAUCGAGCUCUUCGCCAUGAUCUUCGCCAUGUGCCUCUUCCGAGGCAUCCAUUAGAGGGCGUGGCCUGGAGCCUGAAGACUCACCCUGCCCACCCACUGCACCCGAUGCCCUCCCCUCCCCCACACCCCUCCCCGGUAGGUCCCCGGGGAGGAGGUGAGGCCACAGUGAGCGGCCAGGAGAAGGGGCAGGGAGAAAUAGCUAUUUUUUUAACAAAACAAAAUGACAAAAAUAUGAACUGAUGUACCUCGCCUGAAUUCGGGGGUGGGGGCCGUGGGGGCCGUGGGCUCGCUGCACCCAGGAUGCAGUCUGCCCCAGAGACCAAAGCAACACCAGUGCCAGGUCUCCGAGGCCCAGCGGGACUCCGGCAGCCCUGGGCCUGGGAUGUCUCCCCGCAGCUUCUGAGCCUGGUGCCAAGAAAGUGAGGGUUUAGGCAACAAGGAGGUAAAAGCAGAUCUCAGAGAAAGGUUCUCAUCACCCAGAGGCCCCAAGGAGCCUCCGUCACCACAUCCUGGAGAACUCAGAACCCACUGGCAACCCCCAGUCCUCUGGCCGAUGGAGCUGUCCCUGCUCCUGCUCAGGCCCAGGCCGGGCUGCGGACACUGGACCCAAGAAUGGCCCAGCCGCCGGGGUCUUUGCUUCCCCUGCCGUCGGACCAAAUAACCGGGACGGCCCAGAGUCUCAGCCACACUCACACCGCACAUGCAUGAUGUUCCGAACCAGCACCCGGUGGUCUCCAGGCGGCCUGCCCCUCCCCCCCUGGGGCUGUCACCGACCCGGCAGGCCUGCUGCUCACACCAUUCCCUGGCUCCAGGGUCUCCCCAGGGCAGACGGGCUGGGGCCGGUCUCGUCCCAGCUCUACAGCUAAGAAAACCCUGGACUGUCCACCACCACCCCGCCCUCCCUCCCCCUCCCCCACACUUCUCAGCCGCCACACUUCUAACCACACACAUGUACACACACCAGAGCCCUUUUUCCGAGCUGCUCAUCUCUCCUUGUAAGCCCCUCCCCUCCCGUGUUCUCCACCAGCCCCCUGGCACCUAGGGCUGGAAGGAGCUCCCUGAGAUCACCCGGUUCUGUCCUCACCCAGAACUGAGGCCUGGGUAUCUUCUGUAAGAUCUCCGCCAAGACAUCUCCAUCCUCAUGCACCCCUCCAGGGACAGGGAGUUCACUACCUCCCAGGACAGCGUUCUGCCUUGGGGCUGCUGGCCUGAGCAUCAGCUCCAGGCACGGAAGAGACUCUGUUUUCCCGCAGUGCCAUCCAAGGCAGAGCCCUUGCUCCCUACGUGUGUUAGGGGCGCACGCUGUGUCCCCGGUCCCCGUUGUCUCCAGGCUAAAGAACUCCAGGGCAUCUCGUCCUUCCUGCUGCCACACGGCUUCCUGUGCCGUCACUGUCCGCCGCAUGCUUCUGAGGCUCCCGCCGGCUCGGGCAGGAGGAGGCUCCCCUGCAGACUCCCUGACACCCACAAGCGCGGCGCCCGCAAGUCAGCCCUCGCCCGUCACACAGGCCUCAGACUCUAGACCAGUGUCAGCUCCUGGGCGGCACGAGGCCUCCACCCCGAUCAGUGGGGAGCGGCUGUGGGGGGCUGUGCAGAGGGUCCGAGGUUUGUGUAGGGUGGAGAGGGAGAGGCCGUGUAAUUCCGGCUCGUGGCGUCUGCCAGGCACUGGAAGCUUGGUUAGUACCGUCUGCCACGGGCGUGGGCGGGGCAGCGCAGUGCCUGUCCUCCUCCCCACUGUCUCUCCUCAGGGUCUGGGGCCAGGCCCUGUGCCGGCUUCCGGCCACUGGGGGAGACAGCUGUGGCCUGGAGCCCGGCACCCCCCUCCUCUGCCACCUGCCCGCUUCUGAGAUGCAGCCGGAGUUCUGGGCCUGCUGUAAAGGUUGGGUUAGACCUCCCACCUCUCUCCCCCCACCCCCGUUCCCACCAACUGGGUCUUUCCAAAUUGUCCCUGGAACAGCCUGCCCUGGUGAUUCCGUGAUGCCACAAGCUCCCUAGAAACUAAGCUCCCCAGGGUCAAGGGGGCCCACAGCGGGUACCCCAGCCUAACCUGAGAAGGGCCUGGGGCCUGCCCUUCCAGAUCCACCAGUUUCCUGGAAAAGCCAAGUGGCUGGUCUGAGGUUGACCAAAA